GAGAGCCCAUCAUUUGAGAGGUCUCUUACAAUUUAACUACACAGAUCUCAAUCAAUCAAUGACAAAAUGGAUAACAGGUGUCAUUGUGCAUCCAGCAGCGACAGGUUUUCGAACCCUAUCCUGUACAACAUCCUGAGCCAAAUGGAUAACAGCAAGCCAAACCAAAACUGCUUAAACUACAAUUCAAUACCUCACCGAUGCAACUGUGAGCUGCGAAGGACAGUGUGCUUGAAAAGACCCUCCGAGGUCUGCAAAGAAGCGUCAGCAGUUCUGGUUAAGACUGUCCAUUUCAUGAAGAACUUACCUGCUUUUAACCAGAUGCCACCAAAUGACCAGUUCAUACUUCUCAAAAGCUGCUGGGCACCGCUCUUCAUCCUGGGUCUGGCCCAGGAGCAAGUGAACUUUGAGGUGACGGACACACCUGCUGACAGCAUGCUGAAAAGGAUUCUCCUUAACCGACAGGAGAGCCCCGAUAUGGAGAGGAAACAGCCCACUGUGUCUGGGGUCAGCAAACUUAGGUCCUGUCUUAAAAAGUUUUGGAGUUUGGAUUUGAGUCCAAAGGAGUAUGCAUACCUCAAAGGGACCACAAUAUUCAAUCCAGAUGUUCCAUAUUUAAAGGCAGCUGUGUUUGUGGAAGGCUUGCAGCAGGAGGCUCAGCACGCCCUCAGUGCGAUGGUCCAGCUCCUUCACCCAGGGGACCAGGAGCGCUUUGCUCGGAUCCUCCUCACAGCCUCCAUGCUGCAGAGCAUCACACCCAGCCUCAUCACUGAACUCUUCUUCCGGCCCGUGAUAGGCCAGGCUGAUCUGCUGGAGCUGUUGGUGGACAUGCUCUUCUGCAGAUAGACCAGGACAGGUGGACUGAAGAAAGUUGAAUCCAAUGGUCUUAACAGUGUUGAUGCAGGACUUCUCGCUGACCAACCCAAACAAUGUUUCCUCAUAAAAUGACGGAAUUUUUGACAGCGGACUACUAAAAAAAAGCAAUUACAACACUACUGUCAAUUGGUGAAUAUGAAUUGCUUGUAUUGCAUUGAAGCUCAGGUCACUUUAGCCUAGUCGGAAAAUCUGUUAUCCACUGAAGUUGAAAGGCAGAAUUUUUACAAAAAGAGAGACUGUACCCACUGUUCAUAUUCUGCAUCUUAUGUGGAAGAUAUUUUCUACUUGCCUUAAUGUUGUAAAUAAGUCUGCAUA